UUGAAUUGAAAUUUUGAAUUGAAUGUUUGCAACGGGCAACGGCUGCUUCAUGAAAUUUUUCACAAUUUCUCGUAUGUGUUGUAGUUUUGUGCGCUUUGUCUGCAUUUUGUCUCUACACUUUAUACGUUUUCCAAGUUUUAGGAUGGCAAUAUUUACGCCGAGAAUAAUAUUUUGAAAGUAAUUUUACGUUUACGUUAAUUUUGUUACGUGUGAAAGAAGUUUUAUAUCAUAAAUCAUGUCAACGAAAGCAGAGUAUGACGCUUAUAACAUGAAUGUGGAAGAAAUAAGGGGCAACUUUUUCAAAAAGUUACGUGAAAAAGAAAAAGAGUUCUGUUCAGCAAUUGAAAGAGUAUGGUUGACCAUGUUUGAUAAGAAUAUAGAGGUUGUGAAUGAUCGAUACGAAACAGUAUAUCACCACCUUUCUAGUUUGUAUGAUGAAAUGCUCGAAGAAGAAGAAGCGGAAGUUCAAGAUCUUCGCAAAUGUCUUGAAAAUUUAAUAGCUGAAAGUGAAGCUUUAAAAACCGAAUUGUCAUUGAAUAUUCAACUACCGUUCAAGGUAGAUAUUAAUGGUACUGGCAUUAAACUACAAAAGGAAGAUUUAGAAGAAUUCCUGGAAAAAUAUAAAAAGAUCAGGAAUGAACGUAUUCUUCUACUUAAAGACUACCUGAAACAGGAAAACGAUUUGUGCGAUAAAUUAGGAGCAAACCCGUUUUAUCAUUUGUUCAACGAAGUACCCUCGGAAUCCAAGCUUGAAGAAAUAAAAAUAUAUUUACGUGACUUGGAAAAAGAGAAGGAAAAACGCUAUGCGAUAUACGUUCAAACUGCUAGUGAAAUCGACGAAUUAAUGGAGCAAUUGGAAAUUUCUCGUCUUUCUAGUUUUGAAAAAAUGGCUCUAGAUAAAGAAAAAGAAUUUCAAUUAUCUGAAAAAAAUAUGGAAAUGCUGAAAGAAUGGAAAAAUCGAUUGGUGGAUCGCGUUGAAGAACAAAAUGAACUCAUCACGCAAUUAAAAGAUAAGGUCGGCUUGUUAUGGGAUAGAUUGGACAUAGAUCAUGAGGAGCGCGAAAAGUUCAUCGUGCGAACUGCCAAGAAAUCAAAUAAAUCUGUGUUGAAAGAGUAUCGCGAUGAACUGGAACGGUGUGAAGAACUGAAAAAAGCGAACAUUGAAACUGUUAUUUUACGGUUGAGAAAUGACAUCGUCGAUCUGUGGGAUAGAUGUCAUAUCAGCGAAGAAGAAAGAAAUGCUUACACUGAUUUCGUUUCAACUGACUUUAACGAAGAAUUAUUGGAGUCUCACGAGCGAGAAGUAUCACAGUUGACGAAAUUUUAUGAAGAAACGAGUAAUUUAUAUUCGUUGGCGGAAAAAUGGUUCGAGCUAUGGAAUAAAAUGCUUCUUUUGGAAAAUCAGAGCAAUAAUAUUGAACGCCUGAAUAACAGAGGGGGUCAAUUAUUGAAAGAAGAACGCGAAAGAAAACAAAUUCAGAAAGAAUUGCCGAAAGUUGAAGCAAAAUUGGAAAAACUCGUCAAGAAAUUUGAAGUGACUCACAACAAACCGUUUCUAUACAACGGAAUGCCGCUUAUGGUAAUGAUAUCGGAGUAUUGGGAUAAUCGUAGAAUGGAAAAAGAAAACGAAAAAGAAGUUCGGUUUGGUUUUGUUUUUUUUUUACAGAAAGUCCAAAAUGCUACUUCUAAAGUUACUCCUUUAAAACAUGUAAACCGGACUCAGACUACUACCUCUACAAGUUCGGCGAUUUCAAGUAGAAAACGUGUCAGACCUCUAACUCCUGUUGAAAAUGUACCUUCGCAAAAGCAGACGGUUAGAAGGCAGUUGAAGAUGACUAAAUCGAAGACUGACACCGUGAACAGACGUAGGUCUCGUUCACAUGAUCCAGCGGCUCGGUACGGUUCCAACUUGAAUCUGCGUUCUAAUUCUGCCAAUUCUUCUGUUGUUUCAUACGCAGGAUUUCAAAAUUACAUAGAGACUAGAAGUAAAGUGAAAACUACUGGUAUGCCUUUGCGAAGCUCUCUAUCACCGUCUCGUCCUGGAGUUUGUGAAACUGGAACCAAAAAUGCAUUGUAUAGAACACCGUCAAGUAUUAUUACGCCUAUUAAAAGGAGUCGUUUACAAACUACUUACAGUGCUUCGAAAUUACCUCGACUAAGACCUAUGAUAAAUUAAAAUUUUCAAGUUAACCAACUUUUAAAAAAAGAAUAGUUUGAACCUUUAAUAUGUACUAUUUUCAAUUUGGCGUUUCAACUUUUAAGUUAUGCGAAUUCAUUGUCGCAAAUGCACACGUAUUUUUUUAUCAUUAUUUUAAUAUGAUUAAUUGAUAUUAAGUAUGUAAUGUUUUUCUUUUUUUAGUUUUGUAUGAUGUAAAACUUAUUUUAAUUUGUAAAUGAUGAUGUUAUUUUAAAAUAUUUUAAUGAAAAUGAAACAUUUGAUCAUGUUAA